AUGUCAAAAGGCGUCCUCGUGGUUCUUUUCAUUAUUGCACUUGCAAUUACGAUAUUAGAUGCUUCACCGCUUCCCAAUGAUUUCAGACUAAGGAAACGGCAAAUUAGCAAUGAUACCUCAACAUCGGCGACCAACCUCGUUCAAAUUGCCGCAAUACCAACUCCGAGUUCGAAUCCCAACCCCCCCCCACCACCUCCUCCUGUUUUGUCAACCCCGGUGGCUCAAGACAUACCGAGUUCAACGCCGGCAGUGACCAACCAAGACAACUCCCCUUCCCCCUCCAACACCCAAUCUUCGAGUGAUAAUAGCAACAACAACUCUUCCAACAACAACAAUUCUAACAACAACAACAACAACUCUAACAACAACAACAAUAAUAAUAACAAUUCUAACAACAACAACAACAAUUCCAACAACAACAACUCCAACAACAACAAUUCCAACAACAACAACUCCAACAACAACAAUUCCAACAACAACAACUCUAAUAACAACAAUUCCAACAACAACAACUCUAAUAACAACAAUUCCAACAACAACAACAACUCUAACAACAACAACAACUCUAACAACAACAAUUCCAACAACAACAACUCUUCCAAUAACAACAACAAUUCUUCCAAUAACAAUAAUAAUAAUAACAGCAACAACAACAACAACAACAGCAACAACAAUAACAAUAACAAUAAUAGCAAUAACAAAAACAAUAAUAAUAGCAACAACAACAAUCAAUCCUCCGACUCUUCUCAAAACAAUUCCUCGAACAACUCCACCACAAAUGGUAAUUCCAAUAAUAAUUCUGGAGGAAAGCUCAAAACCACUUCUAUAACUAGUGUUAUUGCAGCUACCACCCGACAGAUCACCACCACCGAUGCUAGCGGUCAUACAUCGGUGUUCGAACAGGUGAUCCCCCCCAGCACUGUAGUGGUCGGGGCCGUGAUUACUGGCCAGUCCAAUGAUACUUCGGAUAAUAACAAUGGUGCUGGGCAAACAAGCAUUGCCAUUGGUCUAAGUUUUCUGGUCACUCUCUCUAGCAUGAUCUAUAUGAUUCUGGGAUAA